UGAGAUGGAAAUGGGCACUGAAAAUAGCAAAGGGACGAAGGGGAAAAAACGUUUCAGAGCCAAUGAGGAAGGACAAACAGAGUGAUCAGCUGACCUGAGGUCCGAGGACACAGAGGAAAAGAGGGAAGUGAAAGAGAGUCUACUGGAGAGUGCUCAGACGGUCAGAGCGGAGAAUUCGGGUACCGGAGAAGAGGCAGACAGCGCACGAUGUCAGGCUUUGCUGAGCUGAGCUUCAACGUGGACCACGGCUACCUGGAGGGCCUCGUCCGCGGGUUCAAGGCUGGGAUCCUCAAACAGGCCGACUACCAUAACCUGUCUCAGUGCGAGACUCUGGAGGAUCUGAAACUGCAUCUGCAGAGCACAGACUAUGGGAACUUCCUGUCUACCGAGAGCGAAGACCUGACCGUGUCGCUGAUAGACGACAAAAUAAAGGAGAGGCUGCUCGCGGAGUUCCGCUGUCUGCGCUCCAACUCUCUCCCGCCCCUCUCUUCCUUCCUGGACUACAUCAGCUACGGCUACAUGAUCGACAACGUCAUCCUGCUGGUCACCGGAGCCCUGCGGCAGAGACCCUCGUCCGAAAUCCUGCCCCGCUGCCACCCCCUGGGCGGCUUCGAGCAGAUGGCCGCCGUCAGCAUCGCCCAGUCUCCCGCCGAGCUCUACAGCGCCAUCCUGGUGGACACGCCCCUCGCUGCGUUCUUCCAGGAAUCCCUGUCAGAAAUAAAUCUGGAUGAGAUGAAUGCAGAGAUAAUGAGGAACAAGCUCUACAAGUCUUAUAUCGAGUCAUUUCACAAAUUCUGCAAGGAGCAGGGAGGAGCUACAGAGGAAGUCAUGUGUCCCAUUCUGGAGUUUGAGGCGGAUCGUCGAGCCUUCAUCAUCACAGUGAACUCUUUUGGGACGGACCUCAGUCGGGGCGAGAGGCAGGAGCUGUUCCCCACCUGUGGGAGGCUGUACCCAGAGGGCCUGCGAAUGCUGGCCCUGGCUGAGGACCAAGACCAGGUCAAAGCUGUGGCUGACUGCUACGCUGAAUAUAAACUGAUAUUUGAAGGAUCAGAGCCAGGCUCCUGCAGCAGGACUCUGGAGGACCGGUUCUUUGAACAUGAAGUUAAGCUGAACACACUGGCAUUUGUUGGCCAGUUCCAAUUUGCUGUGUUCUACGCUUACAUCAAGCUGAAAGAGCAGGAGACCAGGAAUAUCGUGUGGAUUGCAGAAUGUAUUGCUCAGAGGCAAAAAUCAAAGAUAGACAACUACAUCCCAAUUUUCUAAAACAAUAAAUAUGUUUGGAAAUAUACUGACUGCACCAGGAAUUUUUAACAUUUAUUUAGUUUUCUUCUUCUCGCUUCUUCUCACCGCAUGAAUAGAUUCACCUUCAGUAAUCUCAGACACUCAAAUGAAUCACUCAGAAAAUGUUACAUUUGUAAAAUAAAGUUUCUUUUAACCAA